AUGCAUGGUAAAGAUGACUGGUUGGCGUUCUUGUGGUUGCAGUAUGGAAUUCCGGACUACUUCUUGAAGCCAUCGAAGCCACAGCAGUACAACGGAAAUUUUUGCCUACAGCAGCAGAUACGAUCAGGAACAUUAAUCAGAUCCAAUCUUCAGCAUUCAGGCAUACACAAGUACGGAAGUAAAUUGGUAGAUUCAGAAAAUAUUAAAAAAGAAGAAGAAGAAACAAUGCAGCAAACACACCCAUCGCAGUCGAUCGGUGCACCAAUCCCAAACAACACGCCGCACGCUGUUUCCGUGACCCUUCCAACAUGGGAGGCAACGGUUGGAUACGAGCAAGGCCAGGACUGGGUGGUGAAAAAAAUGCAGUCUGGAUAUCCACGAUUUUUCAUCCACGCCAAAAUCAAGGAACUUGGCGAGCUUUUGGAGAAAACGUACGCUCGGGAGGGCGAGAAAUGCAUGAUCUACCCAACGUACAAGGUUGCGAAGAGGUGCCGUGCGUUCAUGAAGGCAAAAACGCAGCUUCCGAAGUUGAAAGUGCGGAUUUUGCAACUCAGCACUCCGCCUCCUAAAAAUGCAGAGGAGGCCUCAUUCCGCGUGGAGGCAGACAUUGCGGUGGUUUUCUUCCCUGCCAGCGAGUUCCCGCUUGCCAAGCAGUACUGGCAGCAUGCGGGAGAGGGCAUUUCGUCACGUGAGGCGGAGUAUUUCCUCAGUGAGAUGAAGGAAAAGCUGGUGAACGACAUCCGGUAUAAGAAAAGCCACCGCAAUGGAGGCAACAUGGGCUCCAGAAAGCUCUCGCCACACCCUUACACAAGCAACGGGGACCGGUCAGCCCGUUCUUCGGGUUCUUCGGGUCGCCACAGCACGAUCAACAAACCUCUUGCCAGCAAUCCUGAGUUUGUGAGCUUUAUCGAGGAGCGGUUUGGCCGGAAUCUCGACUUGAGCUUUGCGCGGGAGGCCAAGAGGUUGCUCCGGGAGCGGAUUGCGGGCCAGGAGUUGGCCGAAUACGCAUCCAGUGACUUGGUUUACAUGUUUCCGACGGGUAUGGCGUCGAUUUUCAACGCUCAUGAGCUCGUUCUGCAUGCUUUAAGCGAGAAAAAAGACCUCAAGUCGGUGUGCUUCGGCUUCCCGUACGUGGACACGUUGAACAUCUUGAAAAAGUGGGGUGCGGGUGUGCACUUCUACGGGUUUGGCGACGACGAGUCGCUCGACGAGUUGGAGAAGUUGUUGAAGGCCGGAGAGCGCAUCCUUGCACUUUUCUGCGAGUGCCCCUCGAACCCAAUGUUGACGACUCCAGAUCUGAAGCGAAUCCAUGCCCUGGCCGCCACUUACGACUUUGCCGUUGUCGUGGACGAUACCGUGGGAAACCCGUCCAACAUUGCGGCACUCCCGUACGCUGAUGUUGUUGUUUCAUCGCUCACGAAGGUUUUUUCCGGCGAUUCUAACGUCAUGGCCGGCUCGAUGGUGCUCAACAAGCAGUCGCAGUACUUUGGCCGGCUCAAGAAGUACAUGGAUGAGGAGUAUGAGGACUGCUUCUGGGUGCAGGAUGCCAUUUUCCUGGAGAGAAACUCGCGGGACUUUGUCCGGCGGUCCGAGGUCAUGAACAGGAACGCUUUGGCUGUCCUCAAGUUGUUCCAGGACUCGCCUCUCAUCGACAAGAUUUUCUACCCGUCCGUUUCCAAGUCCAAGAAGUACUACGAUGAGGUUAAGAAGCCGUCUGGUGGCUAUGCCGGCUUGAUGUCUGUCAUUUUCAAGGAUCCUACAGAUGCCGUCUGCUUUUUCAACACCGUCCGUUUGUCUAAGGGUCCUUCUUUGGGCACAAACUUCACCUUGGUGUGCCCAUACGCCAUUUUGGCACAUUACCAGGAGUUGGACGAGGUCCAGAAGUGGGGUGUCGACCGUAAUCUUGUCCGGUUGAGUAUUGGAAUGGAGCCGGAGAACGAGCUUAUCUCCAUUUUGCAGGAGGCUCUAGAUUGUGCCCAGGAGCAGCAUGAGAUCUGA